AGUUCCAGCUAGCACGCGGCUCCCGUCCCUCAAACCCGUUGGUGGACAAUUCUUGGCAUAACACGGAGCCAUAACCCACGUCUCAAACUUGAAGCUCUUUGUCACAGGAAGCUGGCGUGAGCAUCUGGAUCGAGAUAAAGGCGCCUGGAACUCGCCAGUUGCUGUCAUUAGCGACAAUAGGGACACCCCGGAGCCCCCUCGAGCAAUGGCUGACUACGACCCUGAAAAGGCGCCGGCGGCGCCAGCCGCUGACGCAACCUCCAACCACCACCUGCACCUCACCACAUCGUCGUCCGACUCGAGCCUCCAUGCGAAAGAAGAGGCCGACGGGCAUCAUGAUCAUCACCACGACCACGACCACCACGACACGGCAGAGCAUGCCUCGCUUGGGUCGAGCGAAGAGGAACACACAAAUGCAGACAUCGUGCCAGGAGGGUGGCUGGAUCGGCAGCUUUCCCACAACAAUCGGUCACUGGACCACGUAGAGUCUCGCGCCAGCGGACCGAGCCGGCUGUCCAAUGUCUUGUCCAACACCAUCAGCCGGGUGCGCUCGUCCCGGCGGCGCGCCGGGCUUGAGCGCGCGCCCAUCCCCGAGUCUAACCUCGCCGAGGGGAUCGUGGCAUGGGAUUCUCAGGACGACCCGGAGAUGCCGCUCAACUGGCCUGCCUCGCGGAAGUGGAUGCAGGUCGCGGGCAUCGCCGCCAUCACGCUGCUCACGCCCUUUACCUCGUCCGCACUGGCUCCGGGGAUUUCCAACAUGAUGCGCGAUCUGGACGUGCAGGACCCUGUCGUCGGAUCUCUGACUGUGAGCAUCUACCUGCUGGGCUAUGUCAUUGGUCCGCUGGGCCUGGCACCCUUGGCCGAGAUGUACGGCAAGAAGAUUGUGCUGGACGCGGCGAAUGUGUCGUUCUGCUUGUGGCAGAUUGGAUGCGCGCUGUCGCCCAACAUUGCGAGCUUGAUCAUAUUCCGCUUCCUGGCGGGCGUGGGUGGCUCCGGUUGUCUGACGUUGGGUGGUGGUUUCAUCGGAGACAUGUUCCCGCCCGAGCAGCGCGGUACCGCGAGUGGGUUGUGGAUUCUUGGGCCGGUGCUAGGUCCCAAUCUCGGGCCUCUGGUCGGUGGUUUUCUAGCUGAGAGCAUCGGCUGGCGGUGGAAUUUCUGGAUCACCCUGAUACUUGGAGGCAUCAUCACGGUCAUGAUUAUUGUCUACAACAAGGAGACCAACUACACCACCAUCAUCGACCGCAAGAUCAAACGCCUGGAGACGGAGCGGCAGCAACAACAAGACGCCGGCGCCGGCGCUGACCAGCCACCGCGGCUCAUCAACCAUUACGCUCGCAGCAGACUCACCACGCGCGCCCUGUUUUCCAAGAACUUCAUCCGGCCCCUCAAGAUGCUCUGCCUGUCGCGCAUCGUCACCCUCCUCUCCAUCUACAUUGCCUUCCUCUACGGCACGCUCUACCUGCUCUUCACCACUUUAACCGGCGUGCUGAAAUCCCAGUACGGCUUCACGACGGGCCAGUCCGGCCUGGUCUACCUGGCCCUAGGCCUCGGCAACCUCUCUGGCUGGGCCAUCAUCACCUUCCGCUCGGACAAGCACGUCAUCAAGCUGACGCGCGCUAACGACGGCGUCUUCGUGCCCGAGAUGCGCCUCUCCAUCUCGAUCCCCUUCUCCGCCCUGAUCCCCGUCACCUUCUUCUGGUACGGCUGGUCCGCCGAGUACGGCCUGCCCUGGCAGAGCACCGUGUUCUCUCUGGUGCCCUUUGGCCUGGGCGUCAUCGGCGUCUUCAUGCCCCUGACCACCUACCUGAUCGACUGCUUCCCCAUGUACGCGUCCUCGGCGAUAGCGGCCAACACGGUGCUCCGCAGCCUGGUCGGCGCGUUCCUGCCCCUUGCCGGCACGCCAAUGUACGACACCCUGGGCCUGGGCUGGGGCAACUCGCUGCUGGGGUUCUUGUGCGUGGCCAUGAUCCCCCUGCCGCUCUUCUUCCACCGGUUCGGUGGCCGGCUGCGCAAGAAGGAGCGUUUCGAGCUGUGAGGUGGAGGACGAAGCAAGAGGAUCCCGCGCUGUAUUUGAAAUUGGACUGGUUCAUAAGUUAAGGAGAACGAAAAGGUAGAUAAAAGGUGCAAUUAGAUAUUACUUGCUUCCAGCUGCGCGUCAAAGUCUGCUACCCAAAAAUGAAAAAUGGGGGCUCCUGGUCCUCCCGAUGAACGUUAUCAAA